UCGGUCAGUCCAAAUGUAACGAACGCAAUGCAGAGUAUAUCGAACUUUACGGCAUCGGAAACCAUCUGCCGAUUGUGUCUCGACCAAGACUGCGUUUUGCAGCCUCUAUUCGGUGGCGAAACGGAAAACAUCCUUCAAAUAGUGACCUCAUUGACGCAGCUUGCGAUUUCGAACGACGAUGGUCUGCCGCAGGUAAUCUGUGCCCAGUGUGUUGCCUUCACUCGGGACAUUACUGCUUUCCGGCAGAAGUGUGUUGAAUCGUGUCAGACCUUACGACGAUGGUUUCACGCUGGACGAGGCAAAGACGCGGGAAACGAAGAGCUGAAUGUAAUUGAUCAAUUGCGCGUUGAAUUUAUCGAAUGUGACGAAAGCGUUGCGGGCGACUGCGAAGGUGUGCCGGAAACGGUUAAAGCCGUUGUUCAAACAGAGCCACCGGAGGAGGCAAGCGACCAGCGCAUCGAAGAGCUUGCAAAGGAAGAAGACAGCCGGGUCUUCACCGACAGUGGCCAGUGUCCGCUUUGUGGAGAACACUUCCCCGGUGGAAAACGAAUGGUUAAUCAUCACCUGAAAUGCGAUCAUGCGCCGGACGAUGGGCUGCCGAAGAUUCGAAAGUGUUUCUUCUGCCCCAAAGCGUACUCGUCGUUCCAGCUGCUAAAGUAUCAUCUAAACUUUCACCCCCAAAGCCAGUGGGAGUGCCCGGAGUGUGCUAAGGUGUUCGCACUGAAGGACAAAUUUAUCGACCACUUGCGCAUGCAUGCGAACGAUCGGUAUUAUGGGUGUGAAGUUUGUGGGAAAACAUUUACAAUGAUGAAGUAUCUAUCCGUACACAGGCGUCAGCACAAGAUGCAACAGCGCCGGAUUGGCUCCGAAACGCCGGUUAGUCCUGGGCUUCAAAACGAUGUCACCGACGUGGACGCAGAAAUGCCCGUGGCGCAGCCUUCGAUCCCGAACUCGGAAGCAUGCACCGAGCCAAAGCAAGAGGUCAACCAUAACGAGAUACCGGCCAGCGCCACAAAGAACCGACCCGCUUUUGUCGAGUGUGAGAUUUGUGGCAAACGAAUGAGAUCUAAUGCUUACCUGGCCAAUCAUCGCAAAACGCACCGAAAAGAAGCACCGGAAUCGGGUGUCCAGCAAGCCGGUGGCAGUCCGAUCGAUGCACCAAAGAAGCUGUAUCUGUGCAAUAUUUGUGGCCGAAGCUGCGGAUCGUCGAGCAACUUGACGUUACACCUGCGGCGUCACAGUGGACAAAGCAUCUGCCACUGUACGCACUGUGGAAAGGGCUUCCCGCGACGGGCAGACAUGGUUAUGCAUAUGCGCAAACACACGGGGGAAAAACCAUUCGUUUGCUCAACCUGUGGUCGAGCGUUUGCGCGGCAGGACAAACUGGUCAUCCACAUCCGUACGCACACGGGCGAAAAACCUUACCAGUGUUCAUGUGGACGCGCCUACGCACAGCGAAAUGAUCUCAAGUCACACCAAAGACGUACCGUUUGUGGUCAAAACUUUCAGCUUUUAAAGCUGGCGAAUUCGAAUCGAACGAUCCGCAUUGGAACUCCUCCGUCCACAUCUCCGGCGGCAGCGCCAACGGGUGAAACUCCGGAAAUGAUGCUGCUCAAGAACAGCAUGCCGCGGGCAGAAUCGGGGACCAACUGGACGCAGUGUCAAACUGGAACCAUAAUAAACCAAAACAGUGUUUCUUGA